AUGGCACCUCCUACACCUGCAUCUCACAGGCCUCGAAAGAAACGUCGAACUUUGUCCGGCGCUGGGCUGAAUACCGACCUGGUAGUGUCCAAGGGCCAGGAUAUCUAUGCACCCGCUUUCCCCCUAGUUUCUUUCUUUUGGCCUGCACGGUCUGGUGUAUCUCAAUGGCUUAUUCUCCCAGUCGUCUUGAUGAUUGUUGGCCUCUUUCGAUGGGGUACUUCUCUGUGGGGUCACUCGGGCUAUGGUGUACCUCCAAUGCACGGCGACUUUGAAGCGCAGAGGCACUGGAUGGAGCUUACAAUACACCUCCCCACUUCUUGGUGGUAUUUCUACGACCUACAGUACUGGGGGUUGGAUUAUCCCCCGUUGACAGCCUAUCAUAGCUGGCUGUUAGGGAAGAUAGGUCAACUUGUGGAUCCGGCAUGGUUUGCUUUGGAUCAAUCUCGAGGUCUGGAAGGGCCACUGUUGAGGGUUUACAUGCGAGCCACAGUUGUUGUUUCCGAAUAUCUGAUAUAUAUCCCAGCUGUUGUCAUCUUCCUACGGAGAUAUGCUCGUGAGCAAGGCGUUGGGCCAUGGCCGGGCUCUAUUGCUCUCUGCGCUGUGCUUAUGCAACCAUCUACAAUCCUUAUCGACCAUGGCCAUUUCCAAUACAACACCGUGAUGCUUGGCUUCAUAGUUGCCUCUCUUGAAAGCAUUUGUGUUUGCAUAUCUCUUGGCAUUUGCUUCUCUCCUCGGAUACGGCCCAAUAGGCUGCUCAGCAUUGCACUGAUUACCAUCGUUGCAUUUGCUAUCAACAAGGCAUCCUGGCUUUAUCAGGUGAUGGUACAGCUUACUCAGUCUAUCCACCGUAUAUUCCCUUUUGCGCGUGGGUUGUUUGAGGACAAGGUCGCCAACGUCUGGUGUGCUAUCCACACUUUCUACAAGCUCAAUAAAUUCGACCCCAGCAUACUCAAGCUAGCCGCUCUGGGUGCUACCCUCGCCACUAUACUACCGUCUUGCCUGAUAAUUGGACGAUACCCUCGAACCCAUCUUCUCCCCUAUGCAUUGGCAAGCACCGGCUGGGGUUUCUUUCUCUGCUCCUUCCAAGUCCAUGAGAAAAGCGUUCUACUACCGCUCCUUCCCAUGACUUUGCUCCUGGGGAGUGCCGGUGGGCUUAGCAAGGAAAUACGUGCUUGGGUUGGCUUGGCCAAUAUGCUCGGUGUAUGGACAAUGUUCCCCUUGCUAAAGCGUGACGAAUUACGUAUUCCCUAUACUGUACUCACGUUGCUAUGGGCGUACCUACUAGGCCUACCACCAAUGUCUCUCGAUUUAUAUUGGAGUCGUGGUGCAGCAGAAAACUCUCUGGAGUUAUUUUCCACAACUAAGCUCCUUCACGUAUCUUAUUAUGCAGCCAUGCUUAUUUGGCACGUCCUUGAAAGCACCAUCACCCCGCCACCUACGAAACCCGACUUAUGGGUUGUUCUGAACGCACUAAUAGGUGCAUCCGGCUUUGGAGUUAUCUAUCUUUGGUGCAACUGGAAACUCAUACAAGCAGUUAUCUUUGAACCACAUCAGCCAGCUUUGAAUCCGAAACGCAACCGUGCUGUUUCUGAGAAAGUACCCCUUGAAGAGUUUAUGGAACAAAAAAUGACGAAAGGACCAACAAACAGCAAGGAUAAAUCCAAAGAUCAGCAAGCUCCCAGCAGCUAG